UCGUGGAUGAUGAAAAUUUUCUGAAAACAAGCGUCGUUUUUCGUAAAAAGUGUAUUUUGUGCUACCGCGUCGACGAUGGGACCGCAUCCGCAACCCGCGCUGGAUUCCGGAACCGAAAAGGCCGUUCGAGAUCAGAUAUUCCAGGAAAUCGAGCGUAAAGCCAAAACCUGCGCCAAUACGCAGUACGAGUGCUCUCUGCCGCGGUACGAGAGCUUCCUGUUUUGCUUCCGGCACAUCCUGCAGGAUCCGAAGGCUCCCUACAAGCAAUGCGGCUAUCUGUACGCCAACGGAAGGCGCUGCCUCGAACCAUCACCCAAAUAUGAUGCCAAGAAGGAGUUUGGGACAAACUUUUGCUUCGAACACAGUCGCCAAACGCAGCUCCAGAAAACCAAGUCCACGAUCGGCAAGCUCGUUCCGAUCGAGACGACGGAAACGCUUCUCCACAGCCUUGCCCAUCAUGUAAAGGUGGACAAAAUCAAGCCGCACUACCCGGGGAAUAGCACGCCACUCAAGAUAACUGUACACGAGGAUGACGACGAGAACGAUGUGGACGUCGUGACGCCUUCAGUAGAUCCGUUCGUCGAUGUGGAUGUUACGGCCGUCAACGAUGCCAGACGGAUCGUGCUCGAUUAUGCUUCCGAUUCAAGCUCGAACGAUGAAGCGUCAGUCAUGCCCAAGUAUGGUACCUCCUGGAGGGGCCAGGAUAUGGACAAUUCCGACAAUGAAAGUGUGGACUCCCAAGGUGACGAUCCGUUGAAGCACGCCGGUGUCUAUACGGCCGAAGAGGUGACGCGUAUAACGAAGGAGAAGCUGACGCGUCUGCAGACACUGUACGUCGAGCAGCUGCACCGUCUGCAGCACGUACUGUGUGAAAAACGUCGUAGCUACCUGCAGGAUCUGCGCAAGGAGCGCGAAACGCGUUGCAGCAUCUCAAACCAGUAUCAGGAAACGCCCCGUGAACGGCUGCGUUAUGAAAAGUUGAAAGGCCUCAACCGCUACCACCGCAAGUACGGGGUGGAAUCGAUCUUGCAGCGCAAGUACCUGGAAAAGCGUGCCAAAGCGACGGAAGGUUUACAGCAGAAGCCUCCGUCACUGCCAAAAUGCGCCUUUACCGAGGGCGGUGUCAAGUGUGGCGAACGGACGCUGCCAUGUUGCAAGUUUUGCCGAAAGCACAUACUCGAGGACAAGAAGCAGGUACUGUUUCGGGCAUGCGGCAUCGAGAAGGGUGGUGUCAGCUGUCAGGAACCAUUGGCAGGCCUGUUCGAGAAUGCGACCUGCCCGUUGCACGUCGAGUUACCAGCACAGCGUACGUUCAACAAGCGUAAGUACGAAUCGGAAUCAGAAGGCGAAGCGGAGGUUACCGUGACAACACCAGCAGCUACUACCGCCAUGCCUACUAUGAAACAGGAAACGGUUGCGGUAGCUGAAGCUGAUCAGAAGAAUCCCACGGUGGCAUCUCCGUCCGUGAAGGUGGAACCGAAGGGUGAAAGUGCCCGUAAAAUCUUUAAGCAGGAACCGGUAACAACACCUCAGCGUAUGCGCAACACACGUGCCGCUCGGGCAGCACUGGAAAGACAAAAGAAAGAGCACGAAGAGGAGAUACUUUCACUGAAGGCUGAGCCAGUCGAAGACGAAGACGACAAACCCGUGGUGCCACCGUCGGUUGAGAGCAACGUUACGAUUGCACAUGACGAAACUGGCAACACACUGGCGAAUGCUAAUCGUCCCGAAGUUAUCGGAGUUGGUAGUGGUACUGCUCCUCAAGAGCAACCAAAGCUAGAGCAGGAAAACACAGAUUAUGUUUUGGUCAAAACGGACGCAGAACAGCCAUCGCAGCCUGAUGUUGAUCCGCUCGCCUCUGAGGCGCAUAAAACUGACCAUAUUGAAGUAGAAGCAUUCAUUAAACCGGAAUCGGCAGAGAAAAUGGAUACAUCCGCCGGAGAGAAUGCACCAGCAAGCAAGCAAGAGGAAGACCAAAUGGUGAAAGUGGAAAAGGAUGCAAAAGUAGAAAAGAUGGAUAUCACAGAAACGGUAACGAUAGAGAAGGAGCAAGAGCUAGCUUCUUCCGACCAUGCCACUGAGAGUAAACGUAGACGCACUACGCUGGACGCACAGGAACAACCGAACAAGGAUGAAUCCAGUGUGCCUGAAAUCAACGCAGAUGAAACGAAAGUUAAACCAAGACAAGCGAAAGACAAGGCAGUCGACUCGGGGUUAUCGAGGGGCAGCGGCGAUAAGACGACGCGUCGCCAACCGAAAUAGGUCUAGCUAUGGUAAGGUUUCAUUUUGCACAUCUCCUUUUUAUCGAAAUAAAACAGUAACAUUUUGCUGAUUUGUUCUUUAUUCGUACGCGUUUUGUGGUUUGUUUUUGUUCUCGCGCAAUCGCAAAAAAACCUACGCGAAACAACAGUUUCGCUUACGAAGGAACGGAACUACUGAGUGUGACGCAGUCGUAGUAUUUUGCUGUUUGUUGCUGUUCUCCGUUAUUGUUGUAAGGUUUAUAAUAUGUUCUCGUGUUUUGUGUUUGAAAGUGAAUAGGGGGACUGUGGUUUUAGCUAUGAGGAGAGUUUAUAGUUUGCUCAAUUUGGAAUCGCUUCAACAACAACCAAGAAAGUAGCUAAAAUAUGAAUAGAAAAAAUAAAAAUAAGAAAAACGUAUC